AUGCCAACUGCACAUCAUAAGCCAGAUACGCAGAGGCUUGUAUUUUCAGAGCUUGAACUGGAUUUCCAACCUACAAGUAGCGGAAUGGACAACCAAGAGUACAUGGAGAUAUCUAAUGAAAAUAUAGAAUCCGCAGCAGAGUCGUCUGAAAGUGAAGAUGAACACAAGAUCGACGACAUUAAUGAAAACCCAAACUGGUAUUCAGAUUCUGAAGAGGAAGGCAGGUCAGAAGUUCUGUUACCUUAUCAGUUGUGA